CAAACAGUUGGCGGGGCACGAAAUUUGCAGAAUAAACAUCAGUUUUGUACCAAUUUUUUUUUUUAACACACACGCACACUGUCAACGCUGGGAAGAUUUCUUGGAGAGGCUACAUCCCAAUGGCUCCUCACAAAUAUGUUAUAAAGUGUGGGAACUUCGCCGUGCUGGUGGAUCUCCACGUACUGGCCCGAGGCGACCGGCCGGCGGACCCCAGCUGGUUUACGGCGGGCCAGGUUGAGGAAGUUACAAUGUUGGUCCGUGAUGCUGUGGACCAAAGAGUGAAGCAGUACACCGAGGCCCUCCACAACAGAAGAGUUCCCAAGCACAAGAAAGAGCUGAUGCCAGCAUCUGCCUUUUAUGUAAAAGGAGAUGGGUUCAACUUGGCUGCCAACUUCCUGAAGCGCCACUCCAACCUCAGAUGCAUCGCUAAGCAGCUUUAUGGAGAUCUGCGUGUGUUUCCGGAGCGGUUUGUUGUGUGUGUGAGAUGUCCGGAGGAUGCCUCGGCGCUCUGGGGAAACCUGAGCCGAUCCGCGAAAGAGCUGAGUGAACAAAGUCGAUCUGAAUAUUUUUCCAAAGCGGCCGAAACCCAAGAGCCUCUUCACAUCCCCACAAAAACAAAGAAAAGUGGGCUUCAAAAGAUAGCCAAGCAGGCCAGUGUCCAGAACAAGGAACAGAAAGACCCUCAGAACAUUGGAGACCACACUGGACUAGAGGGUGCGCACUCAAAGCCAUCUUCUGAUCCAGUGGUUCAAAUUGGGAAUAAUCUGGACCCAAGCCCAACUCGUGAGCAGAAUAAUAGGAAUUCUGACAAACUGACUCCGCACUGCCAACACAAAACUGGUCCAAAAACUAGCAAGCCCACAAGGGACGAGGGGGAAGACCCUGUCCCGCAACGGGCCAAGAGGGCGUGUCUUGAAAGCUCCACUCAAACUUCCAGGCAAGACCCCGAAUCCAAGACGGAAUCCAAGGCUUUCCCGGUGUCUGAACGCGUCGAAACCGCAGUGGAAGUAGAGCUGCUUACUCCAGGGAAACGGGCCCCACGGCAGCCCCUCACAAGCAGCAAUAACACGGCACAGACAAACCAAAACAGGCCGGCCGCAAGUCUGAGGGGCCUAUCUGACAAGCAUGCAUCCUCCAACUCUUCUAUUACUUCCAGAUCCACGCAGAAACGGGAAGAAGAGGAGGGGAGCGGGAAUGUGCCCCGAGCAUCGCGAUUACGGAGGAUGAAGAGGUCUUGAGCAAGAGAGGAGAGAGGCUACAGAGAUGAGAGGAGGGUUCAUAUUGUCAAUUUAGGGUUAUUGCAAUGUUGGUAAAUGCAAUCUCCAUAUCACAACAGUCUUCUAGGAAUUUGUUUAACUGACUUAAAGUUCCUUUUAAAACCUUACAAAAUUUGAUAUAUGCUACUUAGAGUAAU